AUGCUCAAUGGGUCAAGCCCCCAGGCUGGAAAAAUUUGGAAAAAGGCAAACCUAACCUUCCUAUUUGAUGGCAAACACAUGACAGAGACCUUCCUAGUCUGUAACACAGGGUCACACACUGCCAUCUUAGGAAUCAAAUGGCUGGAAGCCCACAAUCCUGAAAUUGAUUGGAACUCACACACCCUCUCCUUUCCUCACGCACCUCUGGAACACGUGGCAAUUGCUGAAGAGGAAGAAGCUGACAAGAACCCUCUUGAAGGAGUACCCCCCAAAUACCACCAAUAUGCCAAGGUGUUCAGAGAAGAAGAAUUCAAUAAGCUUCCCCCCCAUAGGCAUUACAGCAUUGGAAUUGAACUCACAGAGGAAGGCCCCCUGAAUUCCCCUCUCUAUAGCAUGACUGACGCUGAGUCUGCCACACUCAAGGACUGGCUCAGGGACAAACUCAAGGCUGGGAAAAUCCGCCCCAGCAAGUCAUCUAUCAGUUCCCCUGUCAUGUUUGUCCCCAAAAAGGAUGGUUCCUGUUGCCUUGUAGUUGAUUAUUGCCGCCUGAACAAUCAAACCAAGAAGAAUGUGUACCUGCUACCCCGUCCAGACAACCUCAUGGCCCAGCUCCGUGGUGCCAAAGUUUUUACUAAACUAGAUCUACAAUGGGGUUACAACAACAUCCAAGUCAAGGAGGGUGAUGAAUGGAAAACUGCCUUUUGCACUAAGUACGGCCUCUAUGAAUCCCUGGUCAUGACCUUUGGCUUAACCAAUGCUCCUGCCGCCUUCCAACACUUCAUGAACAAGUUGUUCAAGGACCUCCUGGAUGUAUGCAUUAUUAUCUAUCUAGAUGAUAUCCUGAUCUAUUCAAAGGAUGAUGCAACGCAUACCCAACAUGUCCAUGAGGUUUUACAACAGCUAAUGGAUAACCAAUUGUUCUGUAAGGCGUCCAAAUGUACAUUCCACAUCACUUCCAUGGAAUACUUGGGAAUCAUUGUAUUGGAUAAGGGUUUCAGCUUGGAUAGGCUCAAGAUUCAAGCUAUCCAGGAAUGGCCUAUGCCUACUAAAGUCAAAGAGGUCCAAUCCUUCCUGGGAUUUGCCAAUUUCCUUUGUUGA